CCAUUGAGCAAGGACAAUUCUUGAAUGGGAUACCGGAAUGGGCAGAGCAGGGGGAACAACAAACUGCAGAAGGAUCUCAUUACCGUGCGCUGACACUCAGCAGGGGCAGAACGCAUUUAUACUUUUGUAGAACAUAGUUCCCUCGUGUUUUUGAGAGGCGUUAAAUCACAAGAUUAGUGUGCCACCGCAAAGGAAGAGCGACAAAGAACGGGAUUCGACGGACAAAGGAAAGCUGUUUUAAUUGAUUUCAAACAACAGAACUACUACAAUUGGGAAAACAUUACAUGUUUUCAAGUAUCCCCCCCACUGAACGUUUGCGGUAUUCCUGUUACAGAAAUGUAAUGCAACGUACUGUACAAUUAUAAAGGAAUUCACUUUACAGUGACAUUCGAGACAAUUUGUUAACCAUCUAUUCGGAGACAAAGAGCAAGACAUUACCUAUCGCUUGAGGUAAGACUGGAAUUUAUAUUCUGCAAGGACACCGAAAGCGUUCAACAAUAUGGGGUGUUUGGAGACGCAGAUAGCUAAUUAGCACAGAAAAGGAGCCUUCCCUGAGCUGUAAACAUGUAUCCAUCACACAGAGAAAGGGAACAACCCAUCUUCAGUGCCAGAGCGCACGUCUUCCAGAUAGACCCGGCCACCAAGAGGAACUGGCUUCCUGCCAGCAAGCAUGCCGUCACCGUCUCCUUCUUCUACGAUGCCAAUCGGAGUGUGUACCGCAUCAUCAGUGUGGGGGGCACCAAGGCCAUCAUCAACAGCACCAUCACCCCCAACAUGACCUUCACCAAAACCUCCCAGAAGUUUGGCCAGUGGGCUGACAGCCGCGCCAACACCGUGUAUGGCCUGGGCUUUGCCACCGAGCAACAGCUUCAGCAGUUUUCAGACCAGUUCAAGGAAGUGAAAGAAGCAGCACGUCUUGCAAGGGAGAAAUCACAGGAGAAAUUUGAACUGACCAACCCCGCUCUGAAUAUCGCCGCCCCACAGGACUUAUCAGAGGACCGCCACUCGCCGCCGCUGCUGACUGUCAACGGACCCGAGGACAAGCUGUUCCGCAGCAAGAGCGCCGACAUGGAGCAGCUGACGUCGGAGAAGGAGCGCAUUAAGAAGAUGCUGUCUGAAGGGUCCAUAUGUGAGAUUAACCUGGAGGCAGAGCUGUUCACCCUGCAGGAUAGCAACGCUAAGCUAGUGGCGGCACUUCACGAGGCUAACACUGGCGUGGAGGAGUGGAAGAAACAGCUGGCUGAGUAUCAGGAGGAGACUGGCAGGCUACGAGAUCAGGUGGCAGAGCUGGAGGCUCAGAGCGGGCGGCCUGGUCCCAGUGAAUCUGAGACGAGGGAUGAGCUGACCCAGACGUUAGAGGAGUUGGAAGCCUUGCUCAAAGCUAAAGACGAGGAAAUCCACAAUCUACAGAGCAAGAAUUCAGAUAUUCGUGAUUUAGAGAAAGAGAGGGAAGAGGCGGUUCAGAGACUUCAGGAUCUGGAGACACGGAAUGCAGAACUUGAGCAACGGGUGGAGAGAGCCGAGCAGACUCUGGCUUCCUCUCUGGAGGAGCGGGAUAGGGCGGAGAGUGAGGUUCAGCGGGUCAUCGACGUCCUGGAUGUCAAGAUCUUCGACCUGAAUGACCUGCGACAGAGCUUGGCCAAGCUCAUCGACAAAUAGCGCAACGCGAUGACAGGAUUUAGAGGGCGAUGAACAAGGACGGAAAGGAAGCUAGCUCUUUUGGAACAAUGUUUGCUCAAGCACAUUAUUACAGCGGUUAAGAGUAGAACCGUGGAUACACCCGUUGCAGCGGUACAUUGUUAUUUUCAAGGUGAUGGAUAGGAGCAGUCUAAUUUUAUUUUCUUCGUCGCUGUGAGAAUUGUUAAGUCGACGUUUACACCAUUUAUCUAAAUGUUUUGUUGGGUCUUGAACUUUUAAAAGAAGUUUAAAUGAAUCUGGACUUGUACUUAAAAAUGUAGUUGCCAAAUUAUUGUUUCCGUUUGUCAGUAUUAACAAUUAAUAAUAGAUUUACUUCUGUUGUUUUAUGUGUUGUAUUACAUUAACAGUUUACAUAAUAAUUAUUUGGUAAUCCUACAGAAAUGUUGCUGCGGAGAGUUUAUCACCAAGGGUACUCAAUGACAAAACUUAAUGAGCUCAGUGAAGAACCUUGCCACAAGUACAGUAAUGUGAGUUAUGCGCAUUACCCAAUGUGCAACCUUUUACAAAUAGAUUUAAAAGCACAAGUAGUGUUAUUAGUAAAGAUGUACUGUACUUGAUUCAAUGCAAAGCUAACCUGGUAUCUCUACUUUCACUCAUGCACACCAUCGAGAUUCUCUUCUGACCUAGGCAUUGAGGCAUUUUUUCUUGGUAUUAUAUAGGUACAAGUAAGGUUAAAUCAGUGUUGAAUUAGCAAUACAGUUUUUUGACAAGUACUCUGUAGGUAAUGUAAUCUCACCUUGUUCAUGUAGACAAACUGCAAUUCUGUUGAACAAUGACCACAUUUACAUGCAUUUCGGAUAGUAGCUCAUAUCCUGCUUAAGGUCUUAUUCGGCAUAAGCUGUUUACUUUGACAUCCCGCUCACAAGUAUCCAUGUGACUAAAUAGAAUAUUCCUAAUUUAAGUUCAUAUGGGUUAAAUGGAAUAGUAACUGAAAUGUGGACACUGACUGUCGGCCUAUAACCUCUCACACGUAGAAUAAUAUAAUAUUAACUCCUGCAGAAUAAUGCAUUUCUUUUUUUUAAUCCCCUUUUCUCCCCAAUUUUCGUGGUAUCCAAUCGCUAGUAAUUACUAUCUUGUCUCAUCGCUACAACUCCCGUACGGGCUUGGGCGAGACGAAGGUCGAAAGCCAUGCGUCCUCCGAAGCACAACCCAACCAAGCCGCACUGCUUCUUAACACAGCGCGCCUCCAACCCGGAAGCCAGCCGCACCAAUGCGUAGGAGGAAACACCGUGCACCUGGCCCCCUUGGUUAGCGCGCUCUGCGCCCGGCCCGCCACAGGAGUCGCUGGAGCGCGAUGAGACAAGGAUAUCCCUACCGGCCAAACCCUCCCUAACCAGGACGACGCUAGGCCAAUUGUGCGUCGCCCCACGGACCCCCCGGUCGCGGCCGGCUGCGACAGAGCCUGGGCCCGAACCCAGAGACUCUGGUGGCGCAGCUAGCACUGCGAUGCAGUGCCCUAGACCACUGCGCCACCCGGGAGGCAAUAAUGCAUUUCUUAUUGUAAAAUGAUACAACAAAUGUUAAUUUUGUCUCGGGAACAGGAGUGGAGAAAUAUGAUUUUUUUUCUUUCAGCAUCUCUUGAGAAAAUGUGAAUAUGUGUGUAACAUGUUAUAUUUGACACUGUUAUGCAAGCAGACAGUAGUUCACCCACACAAAAUAUGCACCUGAGACGAACUGAAGUCUCAUCAGAAGUGUUUUCCCAGCUUUUCAUUUAACCUUAACCAGUCAAAUUGAUGAUAUUUGGACAUUUUCCACAGGAACAAUUUUCCCACUGAUUUGGAGUUAUUGUGUUUUCUCCCAGGUCCCAUAACGAAACAGACAAAUUUACUGGUAACUAGAUUACUAAUGCAUUCAUCUGGUAAACAUUACUUUAUUUAGUCUUCUAGGGCAUCAAGUUAUGACAAAAGAGAAGCUGCAUGUACAGUGCAUUUGGAAAGUAUUCAGACCCCUUGACUUUCUCCACAUUUUGUUACAUUCUCAAAUUGAUAAAAUUAUGCUACAUUCUACACAAUAACCCAUAAUGACAAAGCAAAAACAAUGAGGGAAAAUGUAUUACAAAUACAAAAUGGCUAUCACAUUGUACAGUAUUCAGACGCUGUACUCAGUACUUUGCUGAAACACCUUUUGUAUUGACUACAGCAUCGAGUCUUCUUGGGUAUGACGCUACAAGCAUGGCACACUUGUAUUUGGGGAGUUUCUCCCAUUCUGCUUUGCAGAUCCUCUCAAGCUCUGUCAGGUUGGAUGGGGAGCGUCGCUGCACAGCUAUUUUCAGGUUUCUCCAGUAAUGUUAGAUUGGUUUCAAGUCCGGGCCACUCAAGGACAUUGAGACUUGUCCCGAAGCCACUCUUACGCUGUCUUGGCUGUGUGCUUAGGGUCGUUGUCCUGUUGGAAGGUGAACCUUCACCUCAGUCUCAGGUCCUGAGCACUCUAGAGCAGGUUUUCAUCAAGGCUCUCUCUGUACUUUGCUCUGUUCAUCUUUCACUCUAUCCUGACUAGUCUCACAGUCCCAGUUCAUCAAACCAGAGAAUCUUGUUUCUCAUGGCCUGAUUCCUUUAGGUACCUUUUGGAAAAUUCAAAGUGGGCUGUCAUGUGCCUUUUUACUGAGCAGUGGCUUCCGUCUGGCCACUCUACCAUAAAGGUCUGAUUGGUGGAGGGCUGCAGAAAUGGUUGUCCUUCUGGAAGGCUCUCCCAUCCCCAGAGAGUAGCUCUGUCAGUGACAAUUGGGUUCUUGGUCACAUCACUGAUUUCUCUUUCUCCCCUGAUUGUUCAGUUUGGCUGAGUGGCCAGCUCUAAGGAUCUUGGUGGUUUCAAACUUCUUCCAUUUAAGAAUGAUGGAGGUUACGGUGUUCUUAGACUUUCAACGCUGCAGACAUUUCUUAGUACCUUUCCCCAGGUGGACUCCAAUCAAGUUGUAGAAACAUUUCAAGGAUGAUCAAUGGAAACAGGAUGCACCUGAGCUCAAUUUAAGUUUCAUAGCAAAGGGUCUGAAUACUUAUGUAAAUAAGGUAUUUCAGUUUUUAUUUUUGUAUAAAUUUGCAAAAAAUAUGUUUUUGCUUUGUCAUUAUGGGGUAUUGUGUGUGUAGAUUGAGGGGGGGGGGGGGAUAAUUGAAUCCAUUUUAGAAUAAGACCGUAACGUAACGAAGGGGUCUGAAUACUUUCCGAAUGCACUGUAUCGAACUAUAGUUGAAAAACAAAUGGUCUUCCAAAUGUUGGAAAUUAUAAGCAGAAACAUAUCUAAAUUAGGGGUGAAAGUAUCCUAAGCCAGUAGGCUAUACAUUCCAGUAGCCUACAGAGUAUCAGAAAAAAAAAAUAUUAUGGUGGAUGGAACUGCGCAUGUAGCCAACUUUUUGAAGUGAUUUGUUUGAGAAUCAGAGGAAAACAUCACAACACCCAUGAUAUGUGAAACUGAGCCUGCGCAGAACUUGAAAAACAACAGUGGGCCUAAACGUGAUAAGAUGUUUACAUGCCACAGUAUCUUGUCUAAGAUCAGCAUAUCCCAGGCUCCCGAGUGGUGCAGCAUCACCGUGCUAGAGGUGUCACUACAGACCCUGGUUCGAUUCUAGGCAGUGUCACAACCGGCCGUGAUUGGGAGUCCCACAAUUGGCCUAGCGUCGUCUGGGUUAGGAUUUGGCCGGAGUAGGCCAUCAUUGUAAAUAAUAAUUUGUUCUUAACUGACUUGCCUAGUUAAAUAAACGGGUUCCUCAAAACCGGGAUACAAAAUUUUUAGGGUUAUUGUAAACAGGAUAAGUUUUAUAUAUGCGUCAACUCAAAAACAGAAUACUUGAGUAUACCGAAAAUAACGGGAUAUUGGUAUGCAUGUAAACGUGGUCUCUGCUGUUCCUACCUAAAAGUGUGACUGUCAUCCAAGAAUUUAUGUAAAGAUAAUCAGGAAGUGCAACCUGCUUUGUGUACUUCUUGAUGCCUAUAUUCUUAAUUCUUUGGGGAGUGUGGUGGGGUGGGGGGGGGGUCAACAUGGUUGUUUUCCGAGCCUAUCUACAACCUUAAGGAGAAGACUGUUGACAAAAUGUGAUCAUCCAACUGGAGUAAGGAUACAAAAUGCAGUACCAAAGAUGCACUUUUCUUACCCACAACUGGAUGAAGCACAAUCUGUACUGACUGGACAAUACAUUUCUAUAAUGGAAAAGAAUUGUCUUGGAAUGCCUGUGGAAUUAUUCUGUAAUUAAAAUAUAGUGUUCUCAUACUCUUAAUACACAAGUAACUUACUGACAACCACUAAUAUUUAAAAUACCUCAGCGACCUGCUUUGAACUCUAAGUCAGUAUUUUAGUACUUCCAAAUAUUAUGAUUAUCCUUGUAAUCACAUUAUUGGACAGGUGGUUUAUAUUUGCCUUACUUAACAAGGAUAAAAAAAUUCCAGUAUUAAAACAGGGCCUUAUUAACCACACUUGCCUGAUUUGACUUUACUUUCUGCAUAGGAGGAACCCAUGUUUAUAAUAAAAGUUUCAAUAUACGAGGAAUUUUCCUUCGCUUUGGGGUCUCAGUAUUUCACUUGCCAGCAAUUUCUUUUUAAUUUGUUUUGAACACAAGCUGUACUUUACAAUGCCAUAAAAUCCUGUGUACUGCACAUUUUUAUCUUGUAAAUUGUUGGUUGUGCACAAGUGCAUCAAGCACAAACAUGUUGGCCUUAUCAGAAAUCUUGCUUGCAUACUGUUCAGUAAAAACAAAUAUCAGCCUACUGAGAA